AUGACCACUUUACUAUUAGUGUUUGUGUGUUUGCGAGUCAUCACCACAGCCGUCUCUGUGGAGCUCUCAGACAGUAGUGAUGGCCUGGAAGUGAAGAUACCUGAGCAGUCUCCCCUGCGUGUUGUCCUGGGAAGCUCCCUGAACAUCCCCUGUUACUUCAACAUCCCAGAGGAACAGGACACCAGUGCUCUGCUGACCCCACGGAUCAAAUGGAGCAAACUCUCAAAUGGGACUGAAGUUGUCUUGCUAGUGGCCACCGGUGGGAAAAUCCGGCUCAACACCGAGUACAGGGAGGCAAUCUCUUUGCCCAACUACCCCGCCAUCCCCACUGAUGCCACCUUGGAAAUCAAGGCACUGAGAUCCAACCACACUGGGAUUUAUCGCUGUGAAGUGAUGUAUGGGAUUGAGGACAGACAAGACACAAUAGAGGUCCUAGUGAAAGGCAUCGUAUUCCACUACAGAGCAAUCUCCACAAGGUACACCUUGAACUUCGAGAAAGCAAAGCAGGCCUGUAUCCAGAACAGUGCUGUCAUUGCUACUCCCGAGCAGCUGCAAGCUGCCUACGAGGAUGGGUACGAGCAGUGUGAUGCUGGCUGGCUGGCUGAUCAGACUGUCAGGUACCCCAUCCACUGGCCCCGGGAGCGCUGCUAUGGCGACAAGGAUGAAUUUCCAGGAGUGAGGACCUAUGGUGUCCGUGAGCCAGAUGAAACCUACGAUGUUUACUGCUAUGCAGAGCAAAUGCAAGGUAAAGUCUUCUAUGCCACCGCCCCUGAGAAGUUCACCUUCCAAGAAGCUUUCGACAAAUGCCGCAGUUUGGGAGCCCGUUUGGCCACCACAGGAGAGCUGUACUUGGCCUGGAAGGACGGCAUGGACAUGUGCAGCGCAGGCUGGCUGGCCGAUCGCAGUGUCCGCUACCCCAUUUCCAGAGCACGGCCCAACUGCGGAGGAAACCUGGUGGGCGUGCGGACAGUGUACCUGUACAUCAACCAGACGGGGUACCCUCACCCCCACUCUCGCUACGAUGCCAUCUGCUAUAGUGGGGACGACGUUGAGACUCUUGUCCCAGGGCAGUUCAUCGACGAGACGGGAGGCGAGCUAGGCAGUGCCUUCACUGUCCAGACUGUCACCCAGACCGAAGUGGAGCUACCUCUGCCACGCAACGCCACAGAGGAGGAGGCCCGUGGCAGCAUCGCCACCCUGGAGCCCAUUGAGAUCACACCCACUGCCACUGAGCUGUAUGAGGGCUUCUCUGUCCUGCCCGAUCUCUUCCCCACCAGUGUCACAGUAGAGACAGCUGCCCCAGAGGAGGAGAACAUGACCAGGGGGGAUGUCACAGAGGUGUGGGCUGUACCUGAAGAGGUCACCACCAUAGCCUUAGGCACUGCCAUCACCACUGAAACAGUAGAGGUGACCUCAGUGGAAGAGGCCCUGGGGGUGACUGCCACACCAGGACUAGAGUCUGCCUCGACGUUCACAGUGGAAGAUCAGCUCGUGCGAGUGACAGCAGCCCCUGGUGUUGAUCUCCUCCCUGAGCAGCCCAUCUCCCCCACGGGUGUGGUGUUUCACUACCGUGCUGCCACCAGCAGAUACGCCUUCUCCUUCGUCCAAGCCCAGAAGGCCUGCCUGGAGAACAAUGCAGUUAUUGCCACUCCAGAACAGCUCCAGGCUGCCUAUGAGGCUGGCUUUGACCAGUGCGAUGCUGGCUGGCUGCGGGACCAGACAGUCAGGUAUCCCAUUGUGAAUCCCCGAAGUAACUGUGUAGGAGACAAAGCGAGCUCUCCAGGUGUGCGGUCAUAUGGCAUGCGCCCAGCCUCAGAGACCUACGACGUGUACUGCUACAUCGACAGGCUCAAGGGUGAGGUGUUCUUUGCAACCCAGCCAGAGCAGUUCACCUUCCCAGAAGCUCAGCAGUACUGUGAGAGCCAAAAUGCCACACUGGCCUCUGUUGGCCAACUCCACGCUGCCUGGAAGCAGGGCCUGGACAGAUGCUAUGCUGGCUGGUUAGCCGAUGGCAGCCUCCGCUAUCCCAUCGUGACCCCCCGUCCCGCCUGCGGGGGGGAUGCGCCUGGCGUGAGAACUGUCUACCAGCACUACAACCAGACGGGCUUUCCCGACCCGCUGUCCCGGCAUCAUGCCUUCUGUUUCAGAGCUCUGCCACCUGCAGAGGAGGAGGGGGUCACCUCGUUCUUUGAAGAAGAUGUGCUGGCAACCCAAGUUAUCCCUGGAGUGGAGGGGGUACCCUCCGGGGAGGAGGCAACCGUGGAGACGGAGUUUGCGACUCAACCUGAGAAUCAGACAGCCUGGGGGACAGAGGUCUUUCCAACCGACAUGUCACUACUCUCAGUGAGUCCAUCUGCUUUUCCUCCACCUACUGUAAUACCAGAGGAAACAAGUACCGAUGCUUCCAUCAGCGAAGUGUCAGGGGAGGUGACUGAGUCUGAAGAACAUCAAGUCAGUGGUGAAUCUUCAGCAUCGGGGUGGAUAUCUGGAGUCCCAGACACAAGUGGAGAACCAACUUCUGGAGUUUUUGAACUUAGUGGAGAACACUCAGGGAUCAGAGAAAGUGGAUUACCAUCGGUAGACCUGCAUACCAGUGGCUUUCUACCUGGAGAAAGUGGGCUACCCUCAGGGGACCUGAGUGGGGUGCCAUCUGGCAUUGUUGAUAUCAGUGGCUUACCUUCUGCAGAGGAAGAUGUAUCAGUGUCUACUUCAAGGACACCAGAAAUUAGUGGGAUGCCAUCUGGAGUGGAAAGCAGUGGGCUGCCUUCUGGAUUGAGCGAAGAAAUCUCUGGCACUGAGCUAGUCAGUGGUGUGUCAUCUGGAGAGGAAAGUGGACUUGCCUCUGGUUUUCCUACCGUCUCUCUUGUGGAUACCACAUUGGUGGAAGUUGUCACAACAGUGCCAGAACGGCGAGAGGAGGGAAAAGGAUCCAUCGGAGUCAGCGGUGAAGGAGAUCUGUCAGGGUUCCCAUCCACUGAGUGGAACACCAGUGGAUCCCAAGGGUUUCCCUCAGGACCUGAGCUCAGCGGGGAGCCUUCUGGAGUGCCCGAGCCCAGCGGGGAGCCCUCCGGAGAGCCUGAGCUCAGCGGGGAGCCUUCUGGGGUGCCCGAGCCCAGCGGGGAGCCCUCCGGAGAGCCUGAGCUCAGCGGAGAGCCUUCUGGGGUGCCCGAGCUCAGCGGGGAGCCCUCCGGAGGGCCUGAGCUCAGCGGGUUGCCCUCAGGACUGGACGUCAGUGGAGAACCAUCUGGAACACAUGAGGUCAGUGGCCUGGUGGACCUAAGUGGCCUUAUUUCUGGUAUCGAUGGAAGCGGUGAGGCCUCGGGCAUUACCUUUGUAGAUGCCAGUUUGGAGGAAGUGACAACAACUCCCUCAAUUACAGAAGCAGAAGCAAAAGAGAUUUUGGAAAUCAGUGGAUUGGCUUCAGGAGGUGAAGACUCAUCAGGCAUGGUAUCUGGGAGUUUCGACAUCAGUGGUGAGCCUUCUGGGCAUGUCGACUUUGGUGGGAGUGUUUCUGGAGUGCUCGAGAUGAGCGGACACCCAAGUGGAGUGAUUGACAGCAGUGGAGAAGUCUCUGGAGUUGACAUCACCAGUGGCCUAGUCUCUGGAGAGGAAAGUGGACUCACCUCUGGCUUUCCCACAGUCUCUCUUGUGGAUACCACUUUGGUGGAAGUUGUAACACAGACAUCAGUUGCACAAGAGGUGGGAGAAGGGCCAUCCGGGAUGAUAGAAAUCAGUGGAUUUCCUUCUGGAGACAGAGGACUAUCUGGAGAAGGGUCUGGAGCUGUGAAGACUAGUGGGUUUCCUUCAGGGACAGGAGACUUCAGUGGAGAGCCAUCUGGGAUCCCGUACAUCAGUGGAGACGUUUCUGGAGCCACAGAUCUAAGUGGACAAUCUUCAGCAGUGACUGAUAUUAGUGGGGAGGUCUCAGGGCUUCCAGAAGUCACUUUAGUCACUUCAGAUUUAGUAGAAGUUGUGACAAGACCAACAGUAUCACAAGAACUGGGUGGGGAAACAGCUGUCACAUUUCCCUACGGUUUUGGGCCAAGUGGUGAGGCCUCUUCAUCUGGUGAACUAAGUGGGGAAACAUCUGCAUUGCCAGAGAGUGGUAUAGAAACAUCAACAGCUUAUGAAAGCAGUGGUGAAAUAUCUGCAUUUCCUGAAACUAGUAUAGAAACAUCCACAAUUCAUGAAAUCAGUGGGGAAACAUCUGCAUUUCCUGAAACUAGUGUAGAAACAUCCACAAUUCAUGAAAUCAAAGUAAGUGGGGAAACCUCUGCAUUUCCUGAAAGUAGCACAGAAACAUCCACAGUCCAAGAAGUAAGUGGGGAAACCUCUGCGUUUCCUGAAAGUAGCACAGAAACAUCCACAAUACAAGAAAUCAGUGGGGAAACAUCUGCUUUUCCUGAAAUUAGAAUAGAAACAUCCACCAUUCCAGACAUCAGUGGGGAAACGUCUGCAUUUCCUGAAAUUAGAAUAGAAACAUUCACAAGUCAGGAGGCCAGGGGUGAAACAUCUGGCUAUCCUGAAAUUAGCAUAGAAACAUCCACAGUCCACGAAACCAGUGGAGAAACAUCUGCCUUCCCUGAAAUCAGCAUAGAAACGUCAACAGUCCAUGAAAUCAGUGGAGAAACAUCUGCUUUUCCUGAAAUUAGCAUAGAAACUUCAACAGUCCAUGAAAUUAGUGGGGAAAGUUCUGCAUUUCCUGAAAUUAGAAUAGAAACAUCCACAAGUCAAGAAGCCCGGGGUGAAACAUCUGCCUAUCCUGAAAUUAGCAUAGAUACUUCUACAGUCCAUGAAAUCAGUGGGGAAGCAUCUGCCUUUCCUGAAAUCAGCAUAGAAACUUCAACAGUCCACGAAGUCAGUGGGGAAACAUCUGCAUUCCCUGAGAUUAGAAUAGAAACAUCCACAAAUCAAGAAGCCAGGGGUGAAACAUCUGCCUUUCCUGAGAUUAGCAUAGAAACUUCUACAGUCCAUGAAAUCAGUGGGGAAACAUCAGCAUUCCCUGAGAUUAGCAUAGGAACACCACCAGGUCAAGAAGCCAGGGGUGAAACAUCUGCCUAUCCAGAAAUUAGCAUAGAAACAUCCACAGUUCAAGAAGUAAGUGGGGAAACCUCUGCAAUUCCUGAAAUCAGAAUAGAAACAUCCACCAGUCAAGAAGCCCGGGGUGAAACAUCUGCAUUUCCUGAGAUUAGCAUAGAAACAUCCACAGUCCAUGAAACCAGUGGAGAAGCAUCUGUGUUGCCUGCUGCUAACGUCGAAACAGCUGCCACAUCUUUGGUCAGUGGUGAGCCCUCUGGUGCUCCAGAGGAGAAGGAAAUUCCUGACGUAACAUUUGGAACUGUGAAACACUCAAUCGCAGGCAUUUCAGGGGAAACCUCUGUCCCAGACAUCGUAAUUAGUACCAGUACUCCAGAUGUUGAACCAACACAGGGCUUCAGGAACCCUGAAGAGCCUCAGCUCGAAAUAGAGCCCUCCCCUCCCAUGGUGUCAAGACAGGAGACAGAGACAGCUGUUGUUCUAGACAACCCCCAUCUGCUGGCCACCGCUACUGCUGCCCUGCCUCAAGUCUCACAAGAAGCAAUAGAUGCAUUAGGACCCACUACAGAAGACACUGAUGAGUGCCACUCAAGCCCCUGUCUGAAUGGAGCUACCUGCGUUGAUGGCAUCGACUCUUUCAAAUGCUUAUGCCUUCCCAGCUACGGAGGGGACCUGUGUGAGAUCGACCUGGAAAACUGUGAGGAAGGCUGGACCAAGUUCCAAGGCCACUGCUACAGGCACUUUGAAGAGAGGGAGACCUGGACGGAUGCAGAGGCCAAAUGCCGACAACAUCAAGCCCACCUGAGCAGUAUCAUCACCCCAGAGGAGCAAGAAUUUGUGAACAGCCAUGCGCAGGACUACCAGUGGAUCGGCCUCAGCGACAGAGCUGUGGAGAAUGACUUCCGUUGGUCCGACGGGCACUCUCUGCAAUUUGAGAACUGGCGGCCCAACCAACCUGAUAACUUCUUUGCCGCGGGUGAGGACUGCGUUGUGAUGAUCUGGCACGAACAAGGCGAAUGGAAUGAUGUUCCCUGCAACUAUCACCUCCCUUUCACCUGCAAGAAAGGAACAGUGGCCUGUGGGGACCCCCCCAUGGUGGAGAACGCCAGGACCUUUGGUCGGAAGAAGGACCGCUACGAAAUAAACUCCAUGGUGCGGUACCAGUGCAACCAAGGCUACAUCCAGCGCCACGUGCCCACGAUUCGGUGCCAGCCCAACGGGCAGUGGGAGGAGCCACGGAUAUCUUGCAUAAACC